AUGGAUAGUGAGACGACAGUCGAUGUUUCCCAAUCCAUGUCCUCGAAGACAGGAUCGUCAGCAUGGAAUGGUGACAAUCCCGCUAAGAACGGAACAUCUUCAGCGGUAAUGGACAAUAACCAUGCAUCCCUAAUGGCAUCAGCGACGGCAGUUUCUGAUGUUGCUUUCGUGGACCAGCCAGCUCCUGGCACAGUCGAUAUAGACAAGGCCGUACCUUCUGGAACGAAUGUAUCAACAGAUCGCGACUACACAGUCAAAAUCGCUGUACCUCCAGUCUUGUACCAACUGGAGUGGCAGGACGGACGUCAUUGGAAGCCAAGUUUCUACUCGAGCAGUCCAUUCACGAAUAUUCGCAUAGUCGAAGAAACAGUGUCAGCGGAAUUCCAAGCACCUACUCAGAUUGUGGAAGAAGAGGAAGAGAAGAAACCUCAGCCAAUCCUAGAGGUCGUCACCGCGAUCCAUGGGACUGCCGCACGGGACAAACGCAAACCCAUGCCGCUCAGCGACACUGGCAAUGUCAUCAUCGACGAGGAACCAGAUGCAAAUUCGGAGAAGCCAAAACCAGAACUCUCCGAAGUGCCAAUUCCCUACAGCUUGGAUGAAAUUGCAAUCAAUCGGAUUGAAGAAAGCAGAGUUAUCAUACACUCCCAGCCGUUGAUUAAGAUGCUGAAAUCGAUCGUUAACUACUAUCCACUGGAAAGGCUAUACAACCAUCACACUGGUGAUACCUUCACGAUUCACGAGCCGUAUAAGCCUCUCCUCCAUCACCGCAAUGAGAUCAAAGCUUUUUCGACCGCGGGCAACUCGACUUACAACCUUUCAAAGGGCAACGCAACACAAGAUGAGAAAGAUGAAGUCGCGAAAAUGAUCAAGCAUUCUAAGUAUCUGGUAGAUUUCCUCGAACCACGCUAUCAAAGGUUCAAAGAGAAGGCUGGGGGUCGCCUGUCGAAAGAGAUUCCUUCCGUCCAAUUUGAUGAACUUUGGUACAUGUUCCGGCCCGGGACCGACGUCUAUUUUGCCAAAGAAGAAAAGAUCAUGGGAGGAGUUGUCAUAGGUACAUUAUUAGAUCGUGAUGGCGAUCUUAUAAUUAAGAUUUGGCAUCUGGCGUUCGAUGGCAAAGUCCUCAAACGCAAGGCUUGGUCAGUCUACAUCCUGAAAUUCCAGGGAGAAGCCGAUAUCACCUCUUUCGAUACUUGUCCGUGCAAAUACUGGGACACCAAAGAUGGUGGGAAAAGACGAAGGGUUUUCGAAACCCGGGGAGAGACUAUUUUUCGCCUGUGCCAAAAUAGACAUAAGCAGGUCUUCUACAACGGAAAGUUGCCAAGUGACGGCGAUGAGGUGUUCAAGGGGAUUGUUAUUAUUGACAACGAUCCAAUCAGCAAUCUUGCGCUGCAGCAAAACGCAGACUAUAAAGAAACUCCAUCGGUGACGACGUCCUCGAAUACUGGUAGCAUCAGAAGAGCGAGUGUUUCUUCAACCUCAAGUGCUCCCGAACCCGAUGACGAGCCCAGGUACUCGAGUUCAGCAGCGGGCUCAGUGGCUGGUGGCCUAUCAGGCGACGGUGAAGAUGCCGCAAAGACCACACACAACACACCAGAUUUCAAAUGGGUCAAUUACAAAAACCUGACCGUCGAAAGCCAGGGACUCACCAAACAUCACUUUCUUCUUUUCGACCCAUACCUUACCGGGUUCGCAGUCCUAGCAAAGAAAUGGAGAAUAUUUGACAUUGACUACAUCUCAGAAGUGCCAAAAAGAGUAAACAUGAUUGACAGUGUUGUUAUGGAAGCCACGAAACAAGCAAUCGUCAAAGCCAUCUCUCACCCGCAGAAUCGAGCAUGGAAGCUAGAUUUCAUUCAGGGGAAAGGCGAAGGCCAAAUCGUCUUGCUUCACGGACCCCCGGGUGUUGGCAAGACAUACACGGUUGAAUGCGCGGCAGAAGCCACAGGAAGACCACUGAUCUCCUUAACCAUCGCAGAUAUAGGACUGGAUGAGAAGAAGAUCGAAAAGCAAAUGACCAAAUGGUUCAGCUUAGCCGAACGGUGGGAAGCAAUCCUGCUAAUCGACGAAGCCGACAUCUUCCUUGAGCGCCGUCGAGGAUCAGACAUCGCCCGAAACGGAUUGGUCUCCGUGUUCCUGCGUAAAAUGGAGUAUUUUCAAGGCCUGCUCUUCCUCACCACCAACCGCAUCGGGCAGAUCGACGACGCCUUCCUCUCUCGCGUGCACGUCGUGAUCGGCUACGCGCCCCUCGACGAGCCCAAACGGAAGCGGAUCUGGAACGGCUUCUUCCGCAAGCUGGAGCACGACAUGGCGACCCCUAACCGCGACGGGCCCAAGAUCGAAGUCAGUAAGUACGCUAAAGAAUAUAUUUUGAAUGACGCGGAAGUGAAAGCCCUGAGCUGGAAUGGCCGCGAGAUCCGCAAUGCGUUCCAAACGGCGAUCUCGCUGGCGGGAUACGAGGCCGCGACGGAUCCGAAGUGGAGCCCGGAGAAGACGAUCGAUGUUCAGCAGGAGCAUUUUGCGAGUGUGGUCAUGAUGAGUAGGGAGUUUCAUAGCUAUAUGGAUAGUAUUGGGGAGCAGGACGAGGCAGAUCGCGCAAGGGCGAGGCUGGAGAGGAAUGAUGAGCAUAUGCUUGGAGGGCAGUCUGUCUGA